AGGCAGGCAGGCCGCCCGCCCCUGCGUUCGUCUGGCGUUACGUUCCGUUCCCGUUGAUUGGCAUUUAGUGAGAGGCAUUAAUGUUGCUUUCUAAUUAAUUUUAUGCGCUUGCGGCCAUUUCAGGGAUUAUGCUUACACACACUUGCAGAGAUGAACUAUAAAUGCACAGUUUUGUUAUCAAGCUGCACAGCUGUACCGUUAUCAGUUGCAUGCUGAGAGUCUCUCUCCCACUGUCAUGCGCCCACGAAGAGCUUUCCGCGGCAAAGCUCGCUCUUGGAGAGAGUGCCACGCUGCUGAAAGGUCCUUGCUGCUGCCUGCUGCUGCUGUAUUGUCAAAAAUUUUCACUUAACAAUCAGUCAAGUUUAUCGUGGCGCCUUAGUUUAGUUGAAAGAAAAUUCGCGCUGCGCAACGCGUCCGGACAUCGCUGGGGCAGCCCCAGCAGUAGCAGCAGCAGCAGCAGAAAAAAAGUGAACACAACGAACCAGAAAUUGGAAAAGGAAUAAUUAGUGAUAAUCAAAAAAAGAAAAGUAUGGCAAAGAGUGUUCUCUACUGGAAACUUGUGUGUGCGUGUGUGUGUGUUAAAAUCUGGGAAUGCUAAACGAGAACAACUGUACAUGCCUGGUUAACCGUUAUCGCAGCCUCCCAAAAAGAAAAAACCGUGUUGGAAAGAACUAAAGAGAAAGAGAGGGGGUACUAUGCCGUACCGCUGUACAACUAUCUGCCUAUCCCUUUUUGGAGAAGGUGUCACUUAUUUGGAUUAAAAUUAAAAUCGAAAUUUGUGUGCAGUACACACACACACAUAGACACGGACACACGGACAGGGGCAACUAUACAAACAAAAUCAGAACGCAUUAAAACGAACCUUGAGCAAAUCAACCUUACACACACAUACAGACGCAAACCAAAACCAACACAUGUACGGGCGACGUAAAGGAUUUUCUUUUUUUGUAUGCCCAAGAAGAAGAGAAACAAGAAAAUACGGCUAGCCUAGAGGGUCGGAGAGUUUGAUACCCUACAGGGCAUCAUAUUUAUGGCAACUACAUAUCUCAGAUACUAUAUAUGUAUGUAAUGCAUUGUGCAGCAAAAAUAAGUAUCUGUACGAGAUUCCAUUGAGAUAGCUUUAAAACUGAGGCACUAACUGCGGCGGCAUAGAAAUAGGCAGAUGGAAAGAUAGACGAAUGCGAAAUCGACUCGGCUGUCGAAGCUGAUCCAGAUUAGAAAUACUUUGCUUCGUGUUAAGAAAUCUGGUAAAAACAUAACACCCUUGAAAAGGGGUAUUAUAAGAAGCUCCGUUAUGUUACACAGUCCGUCCGUCCGUCCGUUACUCAGUCGUCGUCGAAUUCGGCAAUAGGGAUACGACAGUCGAAUAUGAAAAGGAAGCAGAACUGAGCUCCACAACGGCCAGAGGGAGAGGGUGAGGGAGAGAGAGAGAGCCAUACAGGAAAGACAGAGAGAGUGAAAACAUGGCCACGAGAGAGGGAGCGGGAGCGAGUGUGCACCGUGGUCUGCGCGGGUGUUGAAUGUGGUCGAAAAUAUUCAUAAUUUAUUCAAAAAUCUCGUAAUAGAUAGUGGCAGGACGAGGGGUGUGGGGGUGGCAUCGAAAUGGAAUUGGUUGUGGGCAGGUGCAGCCUUCGGCUUGUGCAUGAAAAUUUGACAAGUCAAUUUCAAUUUCUGUCCCAAAAUAGAAAACUCAAUUUUCUCUAAUUAACUUCCAGCGGAAAUUGGUACUCUACAUUCAAGGGGCGGAAAAGUAGGAAAUGGAAUACUGGAUAUAGGCUGUUCUGUGAGGAUGGUCGGGACUAUUGGGUGCAUUGGAAGAAUUUCCUAGAGCUUGGAACAUUUUUCACGUGCUCAAACAUUUCUAAUUUAAUCAAAGAGCUCUGGGCUAUCUCCAUGCUGGGUCGUUCAAAAGUGUCAUUCACUGAUAAGAGACUCUAGUCAGGUCUUAUCUUAACUUAUUUUCGGGGGCACAUCCAGUGACCAACGAUGUGAUUAAAAUAAGCGAUUUGCUACCCCGCCUUAUCAAAUGAAAAUAACUCAAUAUAUUACCUGAGAAUGUCUACAUAUAUAUUACAGUAGAAAAAUGGCUUGACAUAUCUUUGAUUUGCAUUUGGUCAACCGCCACCCACUGUACAGAACAGUGAAAAGCUUUUUGCUCGCACAAGGACGCUUCCGCCUUGGCUCUCCCAUCCACUCCCACACCCACUCCCGAGCACGAGACGCCACGAGGCAGCGUUAAGUCUUAAAUUUACCGUUAAAAUUUGUGUUGUGUGAGAGUUUUUAUACUGGGAUACCUCGUAGGGAUCAGAGCAUAUAAUGGAGUACUAUUCGCGUUGAAAUGUUAGCUAAAAAGGAAGUAUUUCCAAAGCCUUCUUUGCGUAUUCUGCUAAAAUAAGGACAUUUCCUCUCUUUGUAUGAAUCUACUCUAUAUGGCUGUUAAAUUAAAUCUGCUUAGCAGGUAUCCCCAUAGUCGAAAUAUCCCCAUUCGUCUCCUUCGGAUUCUGCUGUUUGAGUUUGAGCUUGGCAUUGCUUCUAUUUACCCAUGCGUCGUGUCGUUUCGUCUCCCAGUUUCCAGACCCCGGCAUAAAUAAAUAAAGACACAACGCGGCAAACGGAAAUGGAUGUGCCUCAUUCAUAAACCAGAGCCUGGACAGGUCGGGUCGGGUGCGCUGAUCAACGAAAAGUAAAACAAAAGCCCACUAGCAACUGCAAAAACCUCGCAUAAAAAAAAGGAGCGGACGCAACCAUGCCGGAGGAGAAGGAAAUGUCCGGAAAUAAUCUGGAAAACGGACAGGCCAUGGCCACGGCUACGGCUACGGCCACGGCCAACUCAACGCCAAGCAGGUCCAAGCAUCAGCGCCAGAAGACGCCCACAAGGCGGCGUCCCCAUGAUAGUGAUGUGGUCGCUGGAGGUGUUGGCAUCACCGGCGGCGGCGUGGUCAUCCUGCCGCAGCAUGUGCUCAACGAACUCUAUCACAACUACUCCAUUAAGCAGCGGCGGAGCGGCCUCAAGUGGUUCCUGUUCGCCGCCGUUCUCUUCAAUGUCUGGACCAUUUGCAUACCCUGGGAUCAGGCAAUACCCACAAGAGUUGUAAACUGUUGCAUGCUGGUGGCCUAUUUGGCCCUAACGGCCCUGAUGCACAUCGGGCGACGCUCGGAGCAGCCUUCACUGAGACGUUUCCAUCUAACAUUCCUGACGAUUAUGCCGCGGGCUCUGUGGUUCCUGUCCGUGCUCCACUUUGCCGCCUAUGUGAUGCUGCAGCCCAGCUUCUCUCCAAGGGAUGUACUGGGCUGGGCCAUCUUGCUAAACUUCCUGAUCUAUGUGACGCUGCCGCUUCCUCUGAUUUUCCUUGGUCUGGUGAUUGGCUUCUGCACGUACUUCAAUUGCCUGAGCCUCCCCGUUGGCUUCUCUCGUCCUGAUCCUCUCAUCUCGGAUCAGGCGGCGGCCAAUGCAGUUCUGAUAGCCACCGCCGCCUUGAUCGGUCUACUGUAUUACUUUAUGGGCGAGGCCAAGCAGAAGCGAGCCUUUUUGGAGGCCAAAAAGAGUCUGGAGGUGAAAAUGGUCAUCGAGGAACAGUCCGCCGAACAGGAACGUUUACUGUUGUCUGUGCUGCCCAAGCAUGUGGCUAUCAAAAUGCGCGAGGACCUGGGCUCAUCCAGUUCGGAGGCAUUCAAAAAGAUAUACAUGAGUCGACACGAGAAUGUGAGCAUACUAUAUGCGGAUAUAGUGGGCUUUACCGCCAUCUCCUCGACAUAUAGCGCUCAAGACUUGGUUAAAAUGCUUAACGAGCUCUUCGCACGCUUCGAUAGGCUCGCCGAGAAAUAUCAACAAUUGCGCAUUAAGAUUCUGGGCGAUUGCUAUUAUUGCAUUAGCGGUGCCCCCGACGAGCGACCGGAUCAUGCGGUUAUGUGUGUGCACAUGGGACUCUCUAUGGUGAAGGCCAUCAAGUAUGUGCAGCAGAAGGCCAAUUCACCUGUUGAUAUGCGUGUUGGCAUACACACGGGCGCUGUGCUGGCAGGGAUACUCGGCCAGCGGCAGUGGCAGUUUGAUGUCUACUCCAAGGACGUUGAGCUGGCUAAUAAAAUGGAAUCCAGCGGCAUGGCGGGACGCGUUCACAUUUCGGACAAAACUUUGGCCUUCCUCAACGGGGAGUUUGAGGUGGAGCCCGCCUUUGGCGAGAAGCGGGAGGAGCUAUUGCGCAUAGCCGGAUUGAAGACCUUCUUCAUAACCAAGGUGGUUAAGCCGUUUGCAUCGCCCUGUGCCAGGAAAAUCAACGAAACGCAAGCCGAAAACUCACAGCUUAGCCCCAAUGGAUCCACCACGGAUGUCGUUUCCGGUGGCGGAGAGGACAACGAUGCCACGCUGGACGAUGAGGAACUGCUGGCCCAGAGUGCCACCACGAAUGGCCACCAAACAGCCGAGGCAGAGGAUGAGGAGGAACAGGUCAAGUUGGAGAACUUUAAGCAGCGCUUGAAAGACGAGCUCGUCACCCGAGAUGGGCAUGAGAACCUCACCAAGGACACCAACAUAUUCCUGCGCUUCAAGAACCCACAAUUGGAGCAAUCCUAUGCCGUGUACCGAGAGCCGUACAGCUCCCUGCCGCUGCUGGCGGCACUCCUGGUGCAGUGCAUCGACGUGCUAUACUCCUACUUGGUGCUGCCCCGCUCCACGCUGCAUUUCAUCAACAUAGCGGCGCCACUGGUGCCCAUUGCCAUGCUGGUUGUGAUCAGCAUUGCCGAGAGCUUCAGCGGCAUGCUGCCCAAGUUCUUUGUGGACGUGAGCAAGCGCUUCAAUGACAUUACCUUCGUGCGGGAACUGGCGGCCAUAAUUAUCGCCCUCACCAUUGGCCUGAGCAAUGUCAUCGACAUGUUCUUCUUCGUCACCUUCGUGCGCACCGAGCACAUUGUGAGCGAAAGCGAAUUCAAUGCCACGGCUGGUCUGGGUCUGGGACUGGGACUAGGGCUGGAGGCCGAUGUGGAUGUGGAUGUGGCCGGCGCGGAGGCGGUCACCGCCGAGCACCUGCUGCCCGAAUCGUUUGUGGAGCAAAUGCGCGAUGCAGUACCCACAGAACGUGUCCUAUAUCCGUCCUAUUUGAGCAAUUUCGGUGUCCUAAUAUUGAUUGCGAUUGCCGUGAUUGCUCAGCUCACGCAUCUGACUAAAAUACUCCUAUUAUUGUCCAUUGCGGCUCUGCAUUGCUACUUCAACAUAUUCAUCAUGCAGGACCUGUAUGCCUUGGAGGAUGACCUGGCACAUCAGCCCAUCAUAUCCUCACGAUACUGUGCCUCUGGUCUUCUGCUGGUGGCAGCCCUAGCUCUGAGCACCUUGGCCCGACAUAUGGAUCACGAGGAUCGGGUGAUCUUCAAAUGGAAAACCGAGGUGGCGGAACAGAAAGAGACCGCCAACGAUAUGCGGCAGCGUAACGAGGCCUUGGUGUACAAUGUUUUACCCGUUCAUGUUGCUGAACAUUUCAUGAAGAAUACCAAGCGAUCGCAUGAUGAUCUCUACUCUCAGAGCUAUUCCGAGGUGGGAGUAUUAUUUGCCAGCAUGCCAAACUUUUCAGAUUUCUAUUCGGAGGAAACCGUGAAUAAUCAGGGUUUGGAGUGUCUACGUUUUCUCAAUGAAGUUAUCUCUGAUUUUGAUGCGUUAUUGGAACUGCCACAGUUCCAGGAUAUCAUCAAAAUCAAGACUAUUGGCUCGACUUAUAUGGCCGCCAGUGGCAUAAAUCUUCAGCGGAAUCUUCGCUCGGAUGCUUCUAUCACCGAACGCUGGGCCCAGUUGGCCGUGCUCGUCGAAUUCGCAUUGGAACUCACGCACACUCUGCAAGGCAUUAACGAGCAGUCCUUCAAUCACUUUGUCCUCAAGAUGGGCAUAAAUCAUGGACCCAUAACCGCUGGUGUGAUCGGUGCUAGGAAGCCGCACUAUGAUAUCUGGGGCAAUACGGUGAAUGUGGCAUCCCGCAUGGAGAGCACUGGCAAGGCCGGCGCCAUUCAGGUCACCGAGGAAACGUGCAACAUUCUCCAGAAGUUUGGCUAUACAUUUCAGCAACGUGGCCUGGUGUCGGUCAAGGGCAAGGGUCAAUUGAUGACCUACUAUUUGCAGGGCAAGUCUAAGCCUUGUGCAGAGCCUGAAGCCACUCCGGCAGCCAUUGAGCUACAUGAUACUCUGGAUUCCACCACGGAGCUGGACAUCUCGGACAUCAAGACGCCCCUGCUCAAGCUGAAGGGCCAGGAGGCGCCAGCGGCGGGGGAGAGUGAACAGAGUGGGCCGGCGCCCAGUCUGGGCAAUGGCAGUGUCGGCCAAGUGGGAGAAUCUCAAUCUUUAUUGGAAUAAUUUGCGACUUUUUUUCUUGGAUUUAUAUUUUAAUUUGCAUUUCCAUUUAGACUGUGUGCGAGUGUAUCUAUGAGUGUGUGCUUGUGUGCCUGUGUGAGUGUGGCUGAGUGUCUGUGUGGAUUAUACUGUUAUACAACUGUUAUUGCUAUACAUUUGGUUUUGCCUCCGUAUUCGUGUGAUAUUCUAUAGAAAAAACCAUUCUAAUUUAGUUAAAAUUAUAAAUUUGCUUUCAAAAAGUUUGUAAACUGUGUACCUAAGAAAACAAAACGAUAAUGUAUAACUUUUAAAUAUAUAUUUAACUAUGGCUAAGUACUUUUAAUUAAUUGUGAAUUAUCUAUUGUUUCAAACAACAAAUUGUUAUCUCAUUUCCAAGGAACUGUAAUAUAAGUGAUCCCCCACUUUGCUUAACACCAAAAAAACUAAUCGAUGUGUAGUUGAAGUAGGAGACAACAACAACCAUUCCAUUUUGCAUCUGAAUGUGUAAAAUAAACGAGUCUUGAAUAGUAAUUAUGUAUGCGCAUAAACUAAACAAUAGUAAUAUACAUAUGUACGAACGACUAUAUAUGUACUUAUAUGCUAAGUCCUAUAGAAUCCGUAUCCCACCACAAACAAACUGCAACCCACAAGCAAGUCCAAAUAUAGUCGAACAAAAUUUAAUUAAAUUAUAAAUUAGUUAAUGAGAGAUGUUAGUGAGAACCGAUACCAUAGAUGGCAUAGAAAUCCUAGGCAUGCGUACCAUUAACUACGUUAACAUAUUUACAUAUAUAUAAAAACGCAUACA